UCUCUUUCUCAUUCCGCUCACUUUUUCUCUCUGUGUUUCUGAUACGAUUUCUUGGAUCUGUAGAACUGCAUCACUCUCCAAAACUUGUCCCUCAUAUACUUCUUAUGAUUUUCUCUCCUCUUAUCCGGCGGAGAAGAACUUCAUCAAGAAUGCUCAACUCUAGCUCACUCAAGCAAGAAUUCCUCAAGAAAUGGAUAAUGGGUCUUCAAAGAUGUACUUCUUCAAACAAAAACAUGAGCAUCUUGGAGAGAAAGAAGGCCAUAAAGCUAUCCGCGGACUUAGCCAUGGCUUCGGCAAGAAACGGGAGAACUUCAUGGAGCCGUGCCGUCAUUGCCAACGCUUCAAGAGAGAGUGAUAAGAGAAUCCUUGCCGAGAGAAUCUUACAGGGCCCGGAGUCAGAAAUAUUGCUAAAGAAAGUUUCAGCCAUGUCAGUGAGGAUGAGAAGCAAGAAGAUCGUGAAAAGGAGCUGUAGAUCAGUAAGAAGAAGCGUGCCUCAAAAGUCUCUUGCGGCCAACUCUAUUGCAAAGAGAUUAGUUCAGAAAAGAACACAUGUUCUCAAGAGUCUCGUGCCCGGGGGAGAAUUCAUGGAUGAGAUUUGUUUGAUCGAAGAAACCCUAGAUUAUAUUGCAUAUCUGCGAGCUCAGGUUGAUGUAAUGCGAUGUAUAGCCACUGCUCCCGAGCUAAUUAUCAAGCGUAAUAGCGAGUAACUUUAUUUAUUUAUUUUUGUUAUAUUUAUAUCAUUUUUCUUCUAUUUUCAUUUCGCAAGAGAUCGAGACUAGCUAGAUAUGAAUUGAAGGAGAAAUAAUUAAAGCUGUUAUAGUAAAAGGCAAUGUACAGAUGAAUCAUAUAU